UGUCCAUAUCUAGUAUUGGGACACAUAAUGAUGACCGGCAAAACUAUUUGAAAGCAUUAAGUUAUCAUAAAACAGCUAAUAAUUUCUGAGAGGUCUUCCACUCGGCAAGAGCCAUGGCACAGCAAAUCGAUAUGCAAAACUAAUCAUUAAAUAUAUAAAUGAAUGCUAAGCUAUUUAGAGCAUAUAUAAAUAUUCCAACGAACAUCACAAAGAAAUAUAUUCAAAUUUUGGCAGCCAACCGGGAGAUACUUAUUUUAGGAAGUAAAAGAUUUAACAAAAUUUACAUGCAAACAUGCGUAGCAUUGUAGUAUUCUGUUUUUUGGCUUACGUAGCUGCAGCCCUUCAAGGUUAUCACUAUGCCGCACCACCCGGAGGACAUUAUUUGGCAGCAGCAGUUGCUGCAAACUCAAUAGGCCUGGAUAAUACCGUUCAGCAUGAUGAUCAGCAAGCUGUCGUCACAAAACGUUUCUUUAUACAUUCGGCUCCGGAGGAAGAGGAAACGGAAAUCGAGCAUCACGAUAUUGUUGUUGGUGUCCCACGUAAAAAUUACAACAUUGUAUUCGUAAAAGCUCCAGUGGCUAAGAAACAAAAAACCAAAAUCCGUCUUACUCCGGCCGUUCAGGAAGAUAAAACAGCAAUUUAUGUUUUGGCCAAACAGUCGGAUAAAACUCAAGUUGAAACCUAUGUUGAGGAACCCCAUACCACUACCUCGAAACCUGAAGUAUUUUUCAUUAAAUACAGGACAAAUGAAGAAGCUGAACAUGCUCAGCAUAGUAUUAAGGCAAAAUAUGAAAGUUUGGGUGGUUCCACCAGUACAUUGGACGAGGGCAUCUCUCCGGUGUCGUCGGUUAUAGGAAGCUUAGAUGGCCAUAGCACAAAUUCUGGGUCUGCAAAAUAUCUACCACCAGUGAGAAAUCAUUAAAAUAGUCUAUAUAUAUUUAUAGU